GGAAGUUGUUGCGGUCAUCAUUGCCGGUCACGCUGAUGUCACAUUGUGCCACAUCACACAACAACAACAAGCGGCAGUGAACACACAAGACACAAGACACACAAGAAGACACAACACCACACCCUACAGCCACACCCUACAACCACAGCCACAGCAACAACACUCAACACAAUGGAGUGGGUGGCGAGGCUGUUUGAGGAUGAAGGGCAGCUGCUGAAGGGGAUUGGGUGGACGCUGCUUGGCGUGACCCCGGUGGUGUUUGGGAUGCUGGUGAGCGGUAUGCGCGCCGCCUAUGGGCGAUACUCCACAGACGCUGACAUGACCAAGUACGGCUGUCAAAUCAACGGCAAGGUGGCCUGGAUGAUCCAAGAGAGCCCUUGCCUGCUUGUGCCGGCCGCCCUCUACUUCCUGUACCCAAACGAGGCCUGCGUCUCCUCCACCGCCAACCGCAUUCUUCUUUCCCUCUUUGUCGGCCAUUACAUCCACCGCACGCUCAUCUUCCCCACAUUCCUCAAGGGCAAGCCAACGCGGCUCAUGAUGAUGCUGAUGGCCUUUGUCUUCUGCAUCUUCAACGGGUAUCUGCAAGCGGCGUGGCUGACGCGCGUGCAUGUGUAUGACGAGGCGUGGCUCAUAGACCCACGGUUCAUCGUGGGGCUGCUGGUCUUCUUCACUGGCAUGGCCAUCAACAUGCACUCCGACUACACCCUCAUUGGCCUCAGGAAAGGAAGCGACAAGGGCUACAAGAUCCCUCGCGGCGGCAUGUUUGAGUUUGUGUCUGGCGCCAACUUCUUCGGCGAGAUUCUGGAGUGGACUGGCUUUGCCAUCGCAUCAUGGUCCUUCCCCGCCCUGUGCUUUGCCGCCUUCACCUUCAGCAACACUGCGCCGAGGGGAUAUCAACACCACCAGUGGUAUCUGUCCAAGUUUGAAGACUAUCCGAAAUCACGCCGCGCUGUCAUCCCGUUCAUCUGGUGAUGAUGGUGGACACACGGACGUGUGUUUGUGUACAUACAACACACACACACAGACACACACAGACACACACACACACACACACACACACACACACACACACACAUACACACACAACGCUGCUUGUUCGUUAUCGCCCGCCGAAAAUAAAUGGAAAUCUUCAUCGAA